CUGGGAGGACAUAAACAAUAAAUGUCCAAAGGGCGUGUAUGGUGACUAUUCUGUCUUGUUGUAGAUGGCUAGGUGAGCUGUAUCAGGCUGUGAGCGCUCUAAAGAGCAGGUUGGGCGUUGGGGUCAGACCAGUUCUUCCAGUCGAGCCCUUGACCAAUAACGUAGUGCAGUUGACAAACUCUGGUAUGGUGGCAAAAGCUGGGAGAGAUGCAGCGAACUACAGGUUAUAGAGGGAGAAAAUGGAGCUUUGAAACAUACUUAACCCAGACAAACAGCAAGGAAAGGGGAUCCUUUUUGUUCAAGGAGGAUAUUGGUGCAGCCAAUGUUGCCAAGAUGCCCCUUCGACCGAGGGCUCUCUCGCAGCCUGGCCGGGCCAACUCGCUCCUCAGCGUCAAGUCGGCCGAGCUGAGGCCGCGCGCGAUGUCCUCGCGCUCCAAGUCGUCGCUGGAGGACGAGCUGUCGUGCCCGGUGUGCUGCGAGAUCUUCGCCGACCCCGUGGUGCUCAAGUGCAGCCACAGCUUCUGCAAGAAGUGCCUCCAGCAGUUCUGGAACAAGAAGGCGGCCAAGCGCGAGUGCCCCGUCUGCCGCUCCAAGGUCUCGCUGGAGGAGCCCACGGUCAGCCUGGCCCUGAAGAACGUGUGCGACAACCUGCUGAGGGAGCAGAGGCUCCAGGCGGCCGGCGGAGCCCUGGACGCGGCGGGGGCCGGCGGUGGGGGCGGUGGAGGAGGGCUGCUGAGGACGGAGGAGCUGUGUCCGACACACGGGGAGCCCAUCAAGCUGUACUGCCAGGAGGACGACGAGGUGCUGUGCUGCGUCUGCCAGACGUCCAAGACGCACCAGGGCCACAGCGUCUGUCCAGUGGAGGAGGCCGCCCAAGAGCUGAAGGCAGAGCUCAGGAAAGAAGUGACGCCUUUGAAGAAGAGUCUCCGUGGGCUCUAUGUGACUAAGCAGGAAUUUGAUGACAUAACAGUAUACAUGAAGAAUCAGAAACAGAUGACAGAGAAGCAGAUCAAGGAGGACUUUGCGCAAAUGUACCAGUUCCUGCAGAAGGAGGAGGCGGCCAGACUCGCAGCGCUGGAGGAGGAAGAGGAGCAGAAGAAGCAGAUCAUGAAGAGGAAGACUGACAGCAUCUCCCGGGACAUCCUCACCCUGUCGCACGCGGUCAUUGCCAUCGAAAAUGAGAUCGCCGGCAGCGACACAACAUUUCUUCAGAAUUACAAGAAUACCACCAAGAGAGCCCAAAUUACACAGCAGGUGCCAGAGAAAGUUCCUGGAGUGCUGAUCAACACGGCCAAGCACCUUGGCUCUCUUAAGUACAAAGUCUGGGACAAAAUGCAGUCUCUUGUGGAAUAUACCCCUGUGACGUUGGAUCCCAACUCUGCGUACUCCUGGCUCACCAUCAACAGAGACCUGACCAGCGUCGCCAACAGUGGCAAAGUGCACAAGAUGCCAGACAACCCCGAGCGCUUCGACCACUUCGUGUUCGUGCUGGGCUCCGAGGGGUACUCGGCCGGGCGCCACGCCUGGGAGGUGGAGGUCGGCGACAAGCAGGACUGGGUGCUGGGCGUGGUCAACGAGUCCGUGGAGCGGAAGGGCAAGAUCUCGGGCUGCCCCGAGGGCGGCUUCUGGACCAUCUCGUACUCCGAUGGCGAGUACACAGCCAUGACCAGGCCUCGGACGCCCCUCAGCAUCACCGCGCCGCUGCGGAGGGUCAGAAUUCAGCUGGACUACGGGGCAGGUGAGGUCAGCUUCUCCAACCCCGUGGCUAUGAUGCCCAUCUACACGUUCAAAGACCAGACCUUCACUGAAAAGAUGUUCCCUUUCUUCUGCCCCGGAGCCAACAUCAAUGGCGACAACGGCAGCCCCCUGAAGUUGUGCCCUGCCAAUGUUGCGGUGUGGAAUAGCUCCACCUGGUGAUGAGGAGAGCUGCUCAUACUUAUCUGAUUUCCUGAGCUUAACUCAUUGCAACCUUGAUUCAAUAAGUUGAUGUUUUCCUUGUGUGUGUGUGUGUGUGUGUGUGUGUGUGUGUGUUAAGAAUUGAUUGUAAAAGUUUGAUUCAAAAUGUUAAUAAAUACACACGUAUGACUCUGCCAGAGGGUUCAGAAACUUUAUUAAUGACACAAUCAUUUAAAGCUGUGGUUAUAUAUAUUUCAAUGUAUAGAAUGGGUCCAGCUCAUCUAUAGUGUCAGGAUCCCACAAAAUAACAGGCCUGAUUGUACAGUAUAUGUUAAAGAUGCAAUGAGGUUGACAAUUAAGUUAAAAUUAUGAAAUAAAAUGAUAUAUAAUAUA